CCACGGAACGGAACUGAAAAAAUCGAAAAUGCAUUUUACGAGAUGGGACAUGCCCAGCCUUUGCAUAAUCAACGAUAUCCCAAGGGAUCGCCGUCCGCUGAAUUAUACGCAGACCAUAACAACCAUUCCGGGGCAGGAAAAAUAGGCGGACUGCGAUUUUAUACAUUUGAUAUUCCCAACUGCAGCUCACAGUCUGAAAUGUUUUCUGGAAAGUACGUUGGCGAAGGCCAAGAGCCCACUUCUACAUCCUUGCCUUUAUCCAGCAAUCUGGAUGUGGGUCAGUAUGUACAUACCAACGAAAAUACCUGCACAAGCAGCGGCAUCCGCUAUACCCCGUACAAUUACAAUCGGGCUUGCGCUUCUGCAGCAAAUACAUUCAAUGUGUCCGGCCAAUCUCUCCUCUGCAGCUAUAUGCAGCCCCAGCGACGUCAGGCUGCAGCGGCACCCAACCAGACUUGCCAACCGUAUGUGCCGCUCUAUCAGCAAACAAGUUAUUCUGCCCUGCAACAGACCACCUUUUUGUCAGCCGCUGCAAUCCAAGACAAUGCACUCGCUAAAAGCUCAUUUGCUAUACCCGGCACGAAAUGCGCAGUGGCCGACAUCACCUUUAUCAACGGCAUAAUUAAUUUGAAUACGCCCUUAAUGGUAUUGCCCAUGUCCAGUCCAAUAACAACAGCGUUAGCGCCAAGCAAGAUAAAUGGUGGAAAAGGUGGAGAUAUUGAAGAGCACUCUCUUGCCAAGUUGAAGGAGGCCAGCGACGCGGUAACUUUGCAAAUCACCAAUCUGGACUACUCGCUGGACGAAUCCAGUCUCCGCAGCUUCCUAAUGAAUCAGCUCAAGCCAAUAACCCCGGUUGUGUCACUAGUCUUCGAGGGAAGCUCAUAUGCCAAAGUCACUGUACCAGACCUUUAUUGCUCUAUUGAUAUACCCGUUACUUGCCAUGAUCGUCCGUCCGGCUGCCUGUCGGUCCAUAUGAACGCUAAGAUCUCGGAAACUAUUAAAGCCAGGAAGUUGCAACUUGGCAUGUCGAUUCCGAAGCCUAGUGUACCAAUUUAUACUUAGCAAGAGGCUUCGAAUCAUUUCCAAAUUGUAAACAUGUGUGAAUAUAUACUAAAUAGUAUUAAGUGUGAACAUUGUAAACAUAUGUGAA